GGACAUUGGAGCUGCCUUUGUAAAGAACGGAACAAGUCCCAGGGAACAGAAGCCGUUUGCCCAACACUUUGCAGCUUCUAACAGCGCCUCACAGCCUGCAUCUGCGGCUGGAAGGCCCCCCACUCGUUCCAGUGCCGGAAGUCGCCGGGCUCCAGGAGGUACUGGUACCCACGGUAGCCGGGAUAUUGAUAGCCGACCCAGCUGGGAGGGAAGCAAGAAGGACAGGGUGGAGACGGCCAGACUCCCUGCCCGGUACCCGGACCCCAGCGCAGACCGGACCGGAUCAGGAGCCACUCACCAUCUUGAUAGGCCGGAAGGACAUGAGCCUGUCACUGCGGUAGCUGCUUGACCACGUGUCCCAGCGCGGAUACUCGCCCUUCUCCAGGACGAACAUCUCUCCCCGGAAGCUGGACUGCUCAAAGGCGACCCAGCUGGAUGAAGCUGGCGACAUGACCCUCCAGUGCACCAAGUCGGCAGGACACUGGAAGAUUGUGGUGUGGGACGAGGAGGGCUUCCAGGGCCGGAAGCAUGAGUUUACGGCGGAGUGCCCCAGUGUGCUGGAGCUUGGCUUUGAGACUGUGCGAUCUUUGAAAGUGCUGAGUGGCGCGUGGGUAGGCUUUGAGCAUGCUGGCUUCCAAGGGCAGCAGUACGUGCUGGAGCGGGGCGAGUACCCAUGCUGGGAUGCCUGGAGUGGCAACACCGCUUACCCCGCAGAUAGGCUCACCUCCUUCCGACCAGUGGCCUGUGCCAACCACCGUGACUCGAGGCUGACCAUCUUCGAGCAAGAGAACUUUCUGGGCAGGAAAGGCGAGCUGAGUGAUGACUACCCCUCCCUCCAGGCCAUGGGCUGGGAUGGCAAUGAAGUGGGGUCUUUCCACGUGCACUCAGGGGCCUGGGUUUGCUCCCAGUUUCCCAGCUACCGAGGCUUUCAGUAUGUGCUGGAGUGCGAUCACCACUCAGGCGACUACAAGCACUUCCGAGAGUGGGGCUCUCACGCGCAGACUUUCCAGGUGCAGAGUGUCCGCAGGAUCCAGCAGUGAGCAGGGGGACCGGCGUGGUGCCUAGGAGCAGAGGGGAGCCUGUCUGGAAGGAGGAGCUGCAGAGGGUCUUCCGUGCCCACUCCUCUGCCUCCCCCCCCCCGUGGCCCCUGUGAGCCAGUUCAUGCACAGUCAGC